UACUGAGCUUUCACGAGCUGGAGUUCGGCCCUACGGCUUUACAAACUUUCACCUAUUUUGUGCUCACCACAACCUUAUGAGGUGUGUAUGCUGUUACCCCCAUUUUUCAGAUGAAGAAACUGAGGCACAGAGAGGUGAACUCACUUGCCUAAGGUCACACAGCUGGUAAGUGGCAGAGUCAGGUAGUCCGGAUCCAGAACCCACAGCGCCGGUGAGAUGGGGGGCAGGGGUGUGUCCCUCGGCCUCUCACCGUGUGAGGUUGCCUGGUUUUGAGGGCGAGGAUGUGCCCCACGUCCAUCCCCGAUCUGGAUACUAAUGCUGUGCAUUUUCCCCAGCUCCUCUCGGGAAGGCUGGUUCUCUCAGUGAACUCGUCAGGCAGGGAAGGAGGGCAGAGGAUCCAAGAGCCGGGCCAGGGGGCUUGGCUGCAGUCCCCAGUCCCGCCUCCCCUGCUCUUAACUGCAGACCCUACGGUGGGGACCAACAGACCCCAACGGGAAGGAAACAGGCCCAGGGAGAUCUUCUGCCACACCUGCCGUGGCUCCGCCUGCCCCAGGGCUCACCACACCCCACCCUCCCAGCCCAGUGGAUUUGCAAAAGAGACGAUACAGCGCACACGCAAACAAUAACCAACCCUGUGCGCUUCCUGGCAUCGGGUGACUGUUUGGUCAAGAGCGUCCUUCCUCUUCGUAUGCCUGCUGGACACUCCCAAUGUCCUCCGGCUGCUGCUGGUUCAGGGGGCCACUCCCAAGCUCAGCCCCAGGCAGACCCCCGACUCCCGCCGCCAGGGAAAACACCCAAGGAUCCAAGGGAGCCGGCCGCCGAGACCUGCCAGCCUGGGCCCAGUGGCUGCCCUCUGCCAGCUCAAAGUCACCUUUGCACCAACUCCUCUGCUGGCCAGCCAGAGCCAGCCCGGAUCCCCUCCCGCUCAGCUUGGCAGGAACCAGGAACCAGCCCCUAUUGGGCAAUCAUUAAUUGGAUUCUUAACAUUCCUCUGCCCCAGGUCAGCUUGGAAAACAUGCUCCCUGGAGGAGGAGGAACCAAGGCCCAGGACCAGCAUUUGGACAUGCAGCUGACGGGCAAGGUGGUGCUGUCCACUGUCGCCCUGCUCCUGCUGACGGUUGCCUAUAGGCUAUACAAAUCCCGGCUGGCCCGGGCCCCGCUGUGGGAUAGGAACACCAAGGCUGAAGCCGAGGAGGAGGCAGAGGGCUCCGGGCAGCCUGCCAUCCCAGGGGCUGCUCCCGGGGCGCCACACUGGGGUCCGAGACGCCGGAGGGGAAGCAAGGGGGCCGGAGCCCCGCUGGACUGCAGCUGGGAGAGUCCGAGGGGCUCCCGAGUCCUGGAAACAGAAGCCUCUUCCAGGGACUCAGAAGCCAGAGAGACUCAGAAGCCGGAGAGGAAGGGCGCUGGGGAGGAGGCGAGUGGGCAGCGCCUGGGCUCGGACCUGGCACCUCCCCGCGGCAGUGACCAGGAGGCUGGAACGGCUGUUGGCGGUAAGCCCCAGCUGCCCCACCCCCCCCACUUGGGCAGUGAACCCGAAAGCUCUGCAGCCAGCCUUGCAGCGGCAGACGGCAGCGGGGUGGGUGGGGAAUCUGCUCCAUGGCAGGACGGCAGACCCCCUGAGCAGCCAGGGGCCAGGCAGCAGGAAGCCCCCAACCAGUGCUGGAUGGUCCACUCGGAAGGCAGCAGUGACAUGAACAAGAGCUGGGUCUUCACCCGAGUGACGGGUGUGCGCAAGGAAGAGGCUGGGGCCCUCCAGGCUGCCUCGGACAUGAGCCUGGCCCUGUGUCAGCAGGAGGGGGCCAUCACCGCCUCCUAUACCUUCUCAUCGGUGGCCCGGGUUCGAGUGGAGGAGAAUUUCAUAUGGAAGGUGGAGGGGACCAGGCCCAGGCUGAAGGGCAAGGUGUAUGAUUAUUAUGUGGAGUCCACCUCCCAGGCCACGUCCAGGGGCAGGCUGGCUCCUGGGACAUCAGCCCUGGCUGAGGCUCCACCCCCUGUGCCACUGCCAGGGCCCCCUGGAGCAGGGGCAGCCUCGGAAGGCCCCUCUGGUGACACAGACGGGAGAGCUGACGCAGCUGCCUCCUCCCAGCCAGCACUGUCGCCCCCCACGCGGGGCCUCAGCAGGAAGGAGAGCCUCCUUCAGAUCGCGGAGCACGCGGAGCUUCAGCUGCCGCUCGACGGCUUCGGGGCCCCCACUCCAUCCCGCCUAGACCAGAGCGCUCUGCCCGGUGGCCCCAUAUCCCAGGAUUCUCUCAGGUCCAGCUCCUCUAGAAGCAGCCAGGAGUCCCACGUGCAGCUCGUGGCCGGAACCAAUUUCUUCCACCUGCCAAUCGCCCCCAGUUCAGCCCCAGACGUCCACCUGGAUCUGGGUAAUUGCUACGAGGUGCUAACCUUGGCCAAGAGGCAGAAGCUGGAGACCCUCAAGGAGGCAGUCUACAAGGUGAUGAGCGACAACUACCUCCAGGUCCUGCGUAGCCCGGACAUCUACGGGUGCCUGAGUGGGGCAGAGCGGGAGCUGAUCCUCCAGCGACGGCUCCAGGGCCGCAAGCACCUGGUGGUGGCCGACGUGUGCCCCCUGGAAGACUCUGGCCGCCUCUGUUGCUAUGACGAUGAGCAGGACGUCUGGCACGUGCUGGCCCGUCUGCCCCCCGAGGCUGUGUCCUGGGGCUGUGCCAUCUGCAGUCUCUUUAAUUAUCUCUUCGUGGUGUCCGGUUGCCAGGGGCCCGGGCACCAGCCCUCCAAUCGCGUCUUUUGCUACAAUCCGCUGACUGGGAUCUGGAGUGAGGUGUGCCCGCUAAACCAGGCCCGGCCACACUGUCGGCUGGUGGCCCUGGACGGGCACCUGUAUGCCAUUGGGGGCGAGUGUCUGAACACGGUCGAGUGCUACGACCCUCGCCUGGACCGCUGGAUCUUUGCCCCGCCUCUCCCCAACGACACCUUCGCCCUGGCGCACACGGCCACGGCGUGUGCCGGUGACAUCUUCGUCACGGGUGGCACGCUGCGCUACCUGUUGCUCCGCUUCUCAGCCCAGCAGCAGCGCUGGCGGGCCGGCCCCACGGCGGGCAGCAAGGACCGCACGGCCGAGAUGGUGGCGGUCAACGGCUUUCUCUAUCGCUUUGACCUCAACCGCAGCCUGGGCAUCGGCGUGUACCGCUGCAGUGCCAGCACACGCCUCUGGUACGAGUGCGCCACGUACCGGACCCCCUACCCCGACGCCUUCCAGUGCGCCGUGGUGGACGACCUCGUCUACUGCGUGGGGCGCCAGCGCACCCUCCGCUUCCUGGCCGACUACAUCUCACCCAGGUUCAUGCCUAAGGAGCUGCGCAGCCUCCCCUCCCCGCAGGGCACCCUUCUGCCCACCGUCCUGACGCUGCCCGGCCCCGACGUGCCUCAGACCAGGGUCUAGCCGCCCCUCUGCUGGGCUCCUCCUGCAAAACUGGGUGGCAAGAGCACCCCCUACUCACCACUCUACUGGCCGUCUCUGGGAGAGCAGGUGGCCCAGGAAUGUGGCCGGCAGGAGGCGAAUUCUGAUCCGGCCUCCUCCGCUGCCAGGAGUCCUUAGAUGCAUCUCUACCCCAGUGGGAUGCAGAGGCCCAGUGUGAAAACAGAACUAGGAACUGGUGUCCUGAGGCCGGGGCACCCACGUCUGCAGGGACGACCGCCACCUUGCUCCAAAUCUGAACCCUUGGGGGGAGGCACAUUAGGACCCCACCAAAGUUCAGGGGCACAGCCUUAUCACAACUGUGAUUCCGGGCACCAUUCGACACCCAGGGACCCCUCAAGCUGACCCCACAAGAGAUGGGCCAGCUCACUAAAAGCCACCAGGUCCCCUUCCUAAAUGUUGGCCACUGGGCCUCCACUUCCAAGGUUCCUGGAAGCAUCUGGAACAUACGGGUGGGAAGAAUCGAGGGUGGUGGUUCUGGCAGGACCGAGAAGGAGCCCAGGGGAGCCCCUGGGAGCCCAGCAGAGGGAGAGAUGGAUGGAGAAGGAGAACAGCUCAAGAUGGAGCCACCCACGGGGACGCUUGCCCUCAGAGUAAGUUAACCAAAGCCCACUUCACUUUUUCUAAUUACCUGGAAUUCUAAUAUACUGGAAGGAGGAGAAAUCUCCAUUUUUAGCAGCCAUUGGAAAAGGUACCUCUCCUUGUAGUGGUCGCCCAGGAGCACAGUUGAUUGUAUCUAUAAGGUCUCAGGAAAAGGAGGAGGGGAUGUGGUCCCACCACCCUCCUCCCGGGCCCCUGCUCACAGCCGCUGUUAACCGACCCCUGUGCUCUCUGCCCAGCUCUCAGAACCCUUCACAGAGCAGCUCGCCACGCACCCAGCCCUCACGUCUGGGAGCUGAAGGCAGCCACGACCAGCCAGCCCUUCCGGGCUGGUGAGAGGCAAUAGCGUAAUGUGCCCUCUCUGUGCCAUGUGCUCGGCUGGUCUGCCUCGUCAGGCAGGAGAGAACCAGCGAGGGGCAGGUCCAGGAUGAAGCUGAGCAACUAGAAAACUCGAGUGGCUCAUCAGGAGUCUGGGAACUCCUUUCACAUCAGCUUCGGUAAGUUCUCAAAGCGGGGAGACCCUCCAACCUCAGGAAGUUGUUCUUCCCGGAGGUGAGGGAGAAAGGCUGGUCCAAUCCAUCACCGCAGCCCUGCUCCACCUCCGAGGGAGCUGCCUAUCCUGACAGCAGAGCAGCCCUGCUCUGCAUCCCAGCCAGAGCAGGGACCUGGGACUACUUCGAAAGUGACAAGCAGCAUGGAGGAAAGCAGUAGAUACGUGGGACGACCCAGGGCAGGGCCUGACAGGUGGAGACAUAAGGAUGCUUUGGACUUCAGUGUCCCUAUCUGGAAAAUGGGAAGAACAAUCAGUGUCCUUCUCUGCCUGGGGAUAAACAAGAGCUCCUGGAGGUAGGGGUGGGGAGGAGGUGAGGGGGGAUGCGAGUGUUGGGGGUGGGAGGUCCUGGCAGGAGCUUGUAUUCACUACAGCUGCUAGGGCUGAGCUGGAGUCUUUCCGGAAGAUGCAGGAUUGAAACAAAGAAUGAGAAAGAGGUUGCAUGGAGCCAAGGACUUUUACUGGACCGCACAAGGACGCCUUCCCGAUCCGAGAGCCUGGGACUGGGGGCUGCUUAGUUUAUUCCUGAGUGGGAGGCUGGGAGAGGACUACGGCUGGCGCCUGGGGAGAGUGCCCCCCGCCCACCAAGGCCAUGGUCAAGCUCAGAGUCCCAACACUCAGGCAUGAAUCUCCAGGGGACCCACGUGGAGGAGGUGCCUCGGUGGCAUGACUAGGAGGUGGCAUCGCAUUGUAAUCCCAGGCUUGGGGAGGGUUUUCUUGGGAGGAGAGUCCCAUCUGGAAGCUGGGGCAGGUGGAGCCAGGUCCAGCCCCCAGGGACAGGCCUCCUGUGAGGAGCCAGGCAGAGGACAAGACCAUGACCAAGCUGGAUGGAGUGCAGGAGAGGGCUCCAAGCCAAGGGUGAACUAGGGAGCACUCUGAGAAACUUCCAGAGGCCCACUGCAUACAGAUGGUAGGGACUAGGGAAAUCAGUCCAGGGAUAAGGCAGCAAAGUUGGUUCCAGACCCAGUGAUGGCCCAUAAGAUCUUCAGGAUGAGAGGGAGAGCUGAGAUUUGGGCCUGGGCUGAGAUGGGAAAUAUGUGGCACAUUUUGUCUGCCUCCCUGUGGUCCCGUGGCAGACAUCACUAAUCGAUCACCAUGUCUUUUCCUGUUGAGCCCUUAUAAUGGGCUCAGAACUGUUUCAACACAGGGCCCCAGAAGAUACGGAUAGAUUAGAGCUAGUGUGUUUUUCAUCGCUGGGCUGGGUCUCCAGAUCUGGGUUAGGGACAAGAGUGGUCAAGACCAUCAUGGUAGGGCAUGGUAGUUCAGGGGGCCUGCAAAGACCGCCUGGGGCCAUGAUGGUCGAGUUCAUUUCCAGAAUGUUUAGGCCAGGCACUGAUCCGGGAGCCAGAGCCCCAGCUGAUCCUUGCCCCGUGUAGCUCACAUUCUAGCAGAGUAAAAUAGGCAAUUUCGAAAAACAAACACACAAGUAAAUAGAAGCCAUGCUGCAUGCAUGCCAUGGAGAGAGAGAAGGCAGGGGGGUGGGACAGUGUGAUCAGGCCUCCUGGUUAGGUAACACUGGGCAGAGGCCUCAAGGGGAAUCCGGGAGACGCAUGGACCAGGGCUGGCUCAGGACAGGGGAAGGCUGGCCCUGCCACCGGAAGGGCUUUGUCACGCUGGUGGGGGAGGGCACCUCUGCCUCUUAGGAGCAUCUCGGUGUGUGAAGGAGACCCAUCAGUUUCCUGUAAGGGAGACAAUUCUGUUCCAUCAACAUUCAUAAAAGAGGCUCUUUGCAGGGAGAUAAGCUGUGCUUCCAAGAGAGACGCAGAGUUGCACAUUUAGGGGUGAGAGUCAAAAUAAUCACCGGGUCCUCACAGACACCGGACCUGGCAGUGUGGCUGGGGGUCAGCCCGCUCAUAUGACCCCAUGGGGCCAGAGUCUAGGAUCUCCACUUGACCUUGUUUAAUAGCCUGCUCUGUAGACCUCUAGCCCUCAGCCUCAGAGUGGCCUGUGUGUCACAGGGCUCCUCCCAGGGUCAUCUGUCCUGCUUUCCCACUAAGAGCUCUUUCUUCUUUAAAAAAAAAAUCUUCAGUUUGGCUUGCUUUCCACGUUAGGUUAACCAUGCCAUUAUAGAAAAAAAAUUGGAAAAUAGAGAAAAGUAUAAAAACUCUGCCCAAUUUCGCCCCUGCUGUGACACGUGGCCCUCCCGCCUGUUUCUUCUGUGCAUAAUUUUUGUUUGGCUUGAUUUUUGCCUAGGUGUGAUUAUGCUGAAUAUACAAUUCAGCUGCUUCCUUUUUUUCACUUAGCUUCUUAGAAUAAGCAUUUUCCUGUGUUAUUACAAACCCUCGGUAAACAUCAUUUCAAUUGUUGCCCAAUAUUCCAUCGAGUGGAUGUGCCAUGGUUUAUUUAAAUAUUCUCCCCUCCCUGUCGGGCCUGUAGAUUAUUUUUUUCUGUUGGUUUCUUUUUCCAUCAUAAAUAAAACGUCCUUUGUUUUCUCGU